AUGGACGACACUGGGAGAAAUGACACUGAGGACCCUGUUCCUGACGUUCUUGGAGACGGCUCAGUGCAUGAGCAAGUUCCAGCUUUCUCGAGAGGUGAAUCGACAAAGCCUGAAGCGGAAGUGUUGCGCCUCAAAGAGCAGGUGCGUGAACUUCAGAUUCAGCUGGACGCCAAAGAGUCUCAGAACCAAGAGUUGAUGGUCAUCGUGGGGCAUGUGCGACAACAGGAAGCCGCCCGGAAGCAUGCUGAGGAGAAGUUGAAGAUGGCCCAAGAAGCCGCGGAAGCUAAUGCGGCGGAAAAAGAUCGCCGCUACUCUGAGUUGUUCCACAUGGUCUGCCAGGUGGAUCGAGAGGUCGCCGCCCGGCGAGAUGCCGAGAAACGCAUGGAGACUGCCGCCGCCGCGGCGAGACAGGCCGUGGCCAAAGCCUCAGAAGAGGCCCUGGCCGCCACGGCGCGGGCGAACGAGGCGGAGGAACGUGCCAAGCUGACGGAGGAUGCACGACUGCAGUUGGAGGUGCGCCUCACUGAGAAGGAAGCGCAACUGGCGCCUCUGAGGGCACAGCUCGCCAAGGCAUCACAAGCUGCCAGCGAGAGCCAGAUCUUGAGCAAUUCGCUGCAAGAGCAGCUGGCGAUUGUUGUGAAGACCUCGGAGGCGCGCGCGGCCAACUGCGCGGAUGCCAAGGCGCGCUGCUCGCGCGCCGAGCAGCAGGCCACCUUUGCGCGCGAGGAGGCAGAGGUGUUCUCUGCUCGCGCGACGGAACUUGAGAAGGAACGGGACGAGGUUAACCAGAAACUGGAGACCGCGCGCAAGGACUACGGUGAACUGCAGAAGGCCUAUGAUGAAGCCGGAGGAGUGCUGUGUGAACGCUUUGGGGAGGCCAAUCGACACAAAGAGAUUGUGGACCAACUUCAUGGUGACAUCGAGUCCAUGGAGAAGGAGAUCAGCGAUCUCCAGGAGCAGCUCAAGGCAGCCAAGGCUGAUACAGCUGACUGGUGCGAACGAGCCAUGGUUGCCGCAGAUCAACUGGCGCAAGGGGAAGGGAAGGCCUCCUCCACAUUCCUGCGGAAGUUCCCAGCAGCUCAAGCGGUCGUGGUGCUCUUCAGGUACAUGUUGUCACAAGCGGAUGAGACUUUGGAGGCUGCAGUGAAACAACGACUGUUCUUGCAUGGCCAGUACCUCUCUCGCCACGAGCUGAACCAGUUCCUAACGGACUUCGCCGGAUUCAGGCAUAUGGACCUCAACGUGGUGUCGCAGGCACUCUUCGGAGUGCUGGACCUAGAGCGUGAGGGCCAGGUGCCGCAGGAUCUGCUGAUGGAGCGCAUGUUGGAAGCGCCCAGCAUGAAGGAUGUCUGGUUGGCCGAUCUCCCAAGUCUAUGGCCUGGGCGCGAUACCGUGGUCCAGUAUGCGAGGCGAAGUGGUGCCUGGUCGUUGCCAUCACCUCAUCGGCUCUCAAGGAGUCCGAUGUCCAGGCCGCGAAGCAGCCGCCCAGGUUCGGCAUGCACGGCUCCUGGUGCCGUGUCACGGAGAUCGUCCGUGUCGGCUCUCCCGGUGCCUAAAGCGCCACCCAUGAAGAGACCCAGUACAGCAUGCACCCUUUGUCGACGAGAUCAAGAAGGUCUCCAGCGAAAAGACCGCAGGAGCUCCGCGCCCGAGCGGCAAGCUGAAGUUGUCUGGGCGUGAGGAAAACGAG